AUGGAGGCAUUCAUUGCACUUGUCCUGGCUGUGCUGGCCUUCCACAAUGGGGUGUUCCGGGACCACCGGGCACCAGUGGCUGUGGAUGAGCAGAUGCAGCAGCGAGAGGAGUUUCUGCGUCAGGAGAUGAUUCAGCUGCAUCAGGAGAUCGAGAGGAUUGAGGAAAACACACUGGGCUCUUUGUGGAAGCACUGGCUGCUUUGGUGGAAUGUAGGAGUGUGCCUGGUCCUGAUUGCUGCGCUCUGCUGGCGUAUCAGGAAAAGGAAGCUUUGCCGUGACAUCUCCAGUGAGCAGGACAGCUCCAGUAGAAAGGAGAAGGAGGAGGAAGACGUCUACGGUGCACACCAUGUUGAUGGGUCUUGCCUGCCCGACGCAUGCAAGGUGCUGAAGAAGCUGGUGGGUGACCUCCUUGAUGUCUGCAGCGUGCUGUGCAUGAGGACCUGCAUGCCUCAGAUGCAGCCUGCCUUUGGGCUUGACAACGCUGAUGAAGUCUGGAGUGUUGAGGAGAACAACAUCAUGUACCGCCUGCCCGUCUUCCUGCAGCCGCCUCCUGGGCACUCUUUCAGCCUGGAGCUGGACACCUCGGGGCAGCUGCCAGCCAGGCGCUCCAGCAUCCAUGUGCUGCUGGAGUGCACGUGUUGGAGGCAGCAGCUGCUGGGCAAAACCUAG